CACCACCACAGUUCUAGUCUCACGCUGCUGGUUCCGCUGUUACUAUUGUUAGUUUCUGACAUGUCCAAGAAUAAGCAGACAGCUGGACAUAAAGGUGCCUACAGUUCUCAGAGGAAAAAGGAAGGGGAGGUAAGGAGUUAUAUACGAUACAGAUGUGGCCUGACCAACACCAUUCAGGAUGUCCUAAACCAGAGACCAGGCUGGGUAGAGGUGAAAGAUGAAGGUGAUUGGGACUUUAACUGGUGUGAUGUUGGAUGGCUGAGAGAGAACUUCGAUCACUCGUACAUGGAGGAACACGUGCGGAUAUGUCACUUUCGCAACCACUACGAGCUGACUCGUAAGAACCUGAUGGUAAAAAACCUGAAGAGGUAUAGAAAAAAUUUAGAGCGGGAGGCUGGGCGUUUAGAGGCAGCCAAAUGUGACUUUUUCCCACGGACGUUUGAGCUGCCCAGUGAGUAUCACAUAUUUGUGGAAGAGUUUAAGAGAAGCCCAGGGAGCACUUGGAUCAUGAAGCCUGUGGCACGAUCUCAAGGGAAAGGAAUUUUUCUGUUUCGGAAACUCAAAGAUAUCAUAGAUUGGAGGAAGGAUGGGACCCGCUCUGAAGAACAGAGAGACGAGGCUCAAGUUGAGAGCUAUGUCGCUCAGCGCUACAUCGAAAAUCCCUACCUCAUAGCUGGGAGAAAAUUUGACUUGAGAGUCUAUGUUCUUGUGACAUCAUAUAUUCCACUAAAGGCCUGGCUGCAUCGUGAUGGUUUUGCUAGAUUUUCCAACACCAGGUUCUCUCUCAACAGCAUAGAUGAUCAGUACGUUCAUCUCACCAAUGUUGCAGUGCAAAAAACUGCUCCUGAUUAUGAUCCUGAGAAGGGUUGUAAGUGGCUGAUGCAACAGCUGCGCUGUUAUCUGACGGCUAAGCAUGGUUUCGAGACAGUGCAGACUCUGUUUAAAGAAAUUGACAACAUAUUUAUUCGCAGCUUGCUCAGUGUUCAGAAGACCAUCAUCAAUGACAAACACUGUUUUGAGUUGUACGGAUAUGACAUAUUGCUGGACCAGGAUUUAAAGCCGUGGCUAAUCGAAGUGAACGCUUCACCCUCCCUCACAGCCAGCAGUCAGGAGGACUAUGACCUAAAAUACAGACUGCUGGAGGACACCUUGCACAUUGUAGACAUGGAGGGCCGGUACCAUUUGACAUUUGACAAACUGCAAAAAUUACUUGGAAGAGGGUGGAGGAUUUUCUAUGUUGACAUUGUUGUCCAAAACAUUUUAUUCUGCUUCAGUCUGACAGGCAAGGAGAAGAGGGUUGGCGGAUUUGACCUAAUGUGGAACGAUGGACCCGUCUACACAGAUGUCGGUCUAGAAGCCAUGGGUUGUUCUUGCCUCGUGGCAAAUACACACCUUGGCUGCGUGAAUGAUCGCCAGAAACAGCUUCAACAGCUUCUAAAGCCUUUUCCAGGACAGAAGAGAACAUGACAUGCAGAUGACAUCUAAUCAGUGUGAAAAACUAUGCAUUUUCCCACAAAUAUCUACAAUGCGUAUAAUAUUAACCUAUACAGAUUAGUGUAAAUAUGAGCAUUUAAAUACCCAGAUAAGAUUGCAAAGCCUCGGAACGUUUUCAUUUACUUGCUGAAAAUGAUAUGGUCGGUCACUGUUAACCGUUUUAAAAUGAGUUUAAUGAAAUUUCAAUGAUGGUAUCAAUCUCUGCAUUCAAAUAAAUACUGUAGACAGAGGCUCUGAUGAUGUAAUGAAAACGUUUUAUUUUGGAUCUCAUAAAAAUAGCUACAUUCAACUCUACCAAGUGUCAGCAAAAUAAAAAGAACAAUCUGACAAUGAUAGGACAAAAGUAGAUUUAUGUGUUUUUUUGCCUGAUAAGGGAUACUUUACAGUACAUGACAUCCACAAUGAAAUGGUGCUACAUACAGUACAUCAAGUAUGGAAAUGUGGGACUGCGUACUGUAUGGCAUCAACCUGUACCAACUUUCAAGUCAUAUGCAUUGCACAUAUAAAACUACAAAAGCACUACCAUCAUUGUUCCAAAAAACAAAACAUGCCAUAUUUAGAGACAUGAAGUUCAAUGUAAUCACCUGAAAAGUUCUCAAGAAGUAAACAAACAUAGAUAACCUUAUCUAUUGUAUUAUCUUAAUAGUUCCGUCUUCAUCGACACACAUCGCACCACAAAACCACCAACAAUCCUAACAUCACUAUUCAACUAAAUCUAACUCAUUAAAAGGCUAAUGUCUUCCAAAACAUUCAAAGAUAAAUAAUGAAUUACACAAAACAUUCUUAACUUAAAUUUAAAACCAUUGUAAUAAACAUAAAUUAUUGAAUAAAUAACAAGAAAAGAAGUGCUUGUAAAUAGCACUUUACAAAAAUACAGUCGUUACAAAACAUUCAUUAU